UCAGAAUCACCUUGAUCUCCACGAAGGUCAAGCAACUUGAGAAGGUGUCUCAAAACAUCAUCCAAAACGCUGAGAGAGAGAACCUUUUCAAAAAGGGUCCAGUUAGAAUGCCAACUAAGACCUUGAGAAUCUCUACCAGAAAGACUCCAAACGGUGAGGGUUCCAAGACCUGGGAGACUUACGAGAUGAGAAUCCACAAGAGAUACAUUGACUUGCACGCUCCAGCUCAAUCUGUCAAGAAGAUUACCCAAAUCACCAUUGAGCCAGGUGUCGACGUCGAGGUCACCAUUGCUGCUUAAGUACGUUGAGUGUUUGUGGCAAUACUCUAGGCGUACCGUGUAGAAAUACCAAGUUCAACUUGUUAUAUGAUGCAUGAGACGUUACGGUGUUAGCUAUCAGUUCCUUGCACAUACAUUUAUAUGUAGCUUAAGGUAAUGGAUAAUUUGAAAAAAUUAGUAAACCUUUACACCGGCAUGGUAAAUUUAUGCGAUCAAAAACAACGAUUAUUAACUUCCUUUUCGGAAAAAGGUAAAUAUUCAACUAAAAUCAAUUUGAGUCCACUAUCUUCUUCUCAUGGAUCACUUGUAUUCGCGUAACUUCUGGUCUCCCGACGAUUCUGCCUGCUCGUUUCUGCUAGGACACUUCGAUGGAGGCUCCAAGACUGCAGACGCUGUGCUUGCCUUCUACAAAGAACGAAUGGCGAUAGAGCAAGAGUAUGCCAAACGUUUGUGCACACUUUCCCGGAAAAUUGACCUUGGCAAGCACGAACUAACAGGCAGUCUGAAAAGCAGUCUUGAUGUUCUUGCACAGGAAACACAACAACUUGGCAACAGUCAUUAUUCUCAGGCAAACAAGCUUGCAACCGAUGUGUAUAAUCCUCUGACUGAAUAUGCAGCAGAGCGCAAAAACAAAGGCAAAAUACUCGAUUCUGGACUGUCCAAACUGAUGAAACACAAAAGAAACCUUGAAUCCAAGGUGGAACUUGCUCGAAAGAAGUAUGAAGCUCACUGGGUGAAGGUCAAUAAUUAUAAAACACAGCAGAUUCUUAUGGAUGAGACAGAAGCUUAUAGGACACAAAUGAAGGUGAACAAACUCAUGGAUCAGAUGAGUGAGGCACGUGACGACUACCGUGGCCUUGUUAAUGAGUACAACAAUAUGCUGAAUGUGUGGAAAAACGAGUGGUUCUCUGCUUGUGAAAACCUGCAGUCUAUGGAGGAGGAGAAAAUCAAGUUCUUGAAGGCCAACAUUUGGGAAUAUGCAAACAUUGUGAGCUCCACGUGUAUUUCAGACGAUCAAAGCUGUGAAAAUAUCCGUCUGAGUCUCGAGAAAUGCUCGUAUCGAGCUGACAUUACAUCCUUUGUUGAGGAGUUCAAAACUGGCAAUACCAUGUCUUCACCUGUGAACUUCAUCGACUAUGCCCGCGGAGACGUUCCCCAAAGAAAAGGCGGCAUCCAGACGGUCGAUCUCACCAGCAUUCCUAAAAUCACACAACAGCGCGAACAAUUGGGACGCAAAAAGAUUACACCUCCAAAGCCAACCCAAGAGCAGCAGAUGCAGUUUGAUCUGAUUGAUAGACGCGAGGAGACAUUCAAGCAGCUACAGGAACAGGCCCAGCUCGAGGCCUCCCAACUGCGGAGCACAGGAGCACAGACUACUUCUGAACCAAGCUCUAACCUCGUUUUCUCGGAAUACUCUGACGGAACGGAAGCCUCGAGCUCCCACGAAGACGACUUCAAACAGUCGAAGCAAGAGUCCACAUACUCGAAUCCUCUGCUGCAUUCUCUGGUAUCUGACAAACCAACUGAGUCUAGCCGGCUGAAGAAGUUCAAUAUUUUUGGCAAGACUGAGCAGCCAGUGAACCCAUUAGAAGCCUAUUUGAGCGACCUUCAAUUAGGUGGAAAUGGCGACAUGUCGAAAUUCCGUGACUCGAUGCAGAUCAGUGAUGAAUCGAAACAGGAAAAUAACGAGAUUCGAGCACCGUCUUUCACCUUCAGCAGGAACAACUCCGUCAGAAAAUCAAAAUCGUCCACCACCUUGAAAGGAAAGUUUGUGAACCACGCAAACCUGCCAUCGCGCUCGUCCGAAGGCUUCCCCGUUCUCAAAUACUGCAGAGCUCAGUACUCAUACAAUGCCAGCAUCGAGCAGGAACUGUCCUUCAAAAAGCGUGAUAUUCUAAUGAUCCUGCACCAGCAGCCUGACGGAUGGUGGUUUGCGGAAAACAUCAACACAGGAAAGUCGGGCCUUGCGCCUAGCAACUAUCUCGUUGAUAUGUAAUCUAGACUAUGCCACUGACUUUUCUUGCGUAAAGAUAUGCUGUGACUGCAAAAACAAACAUGCUUCCACAGAUGCUGUAAAACCACGUCAAGCCGGGGGAAUUCUGGCCAGGAACAAGACAGUUCAUUCCCCAAAGACCAGUCACGACGUUCAACGGUAAUACAAUGGAACCUAGGAUGGUAAUUUUUCCCAAAAUGUCGUUCAUGUCGUUGUUGACCCUGGUCAUGUCUAUGUUGAUCUGGGCAAGGUAAUUAGAGUGAGAUCGAGCAAGCAAUUUCUCGUAGUGAUUCAAGCUUUGCACCAUUGUGACGAUGUGAUCCUGAAUGUCUCCCAAAUACAUUCCGAUUUCAGACCGAGGAGCUACCUCCCACUGCUCGUUGCAUCUCUUGGAGAAGCCCUUUAUAACAUCGGCUUUGAAUCCCAAAAGUCGCAACAACGACAUAACCCUUCUACGACAGUCUCCAAUUCGGCGAAGCAUGUCUCCCUUGCGUUUCCAGCUCAAAAUCUUCGUAUCUUGGGACGAGGACGUCGACCGCGAAGACUUGGAACUCCACGUGUUUAUGGACGCCUUGUCGUUGACAGUUGACGUUCUUCGUUUCAGCUUGAGCCAGAUCUUGUCGUCGUCCUCGUCCUCAGAGCCAGAAGACUCUUCAUCAGAGUCAAUUCCACUCUGCAUUACCAAAAUUGCGUCCUCAAUCGCAUUGACCUCAUCUUCAAUGCUUUCUAUUAGAGGAGCGUACGCAUCGGUGAUGUCGUCAAUGAGAGCGUAUCCUAUCCAGUCUGAAGUGACAGACAGAUAGUCCUUGAGCAAGCGCACUCUGCGCCGAACGUUUGCCGGAUGUGGGGUUGGUUUCUGGUGGAACGUGAUAACGCCGUCUCUGAACACAAUGAUGUACAUAUUAAGUGGUUCAAGCUCGCCGUUCUUCUUCCGCUUGUCGCCAUCUCUUCUUUUGGAAACCAUCGAGGGUGCCCGCUGAUGGUCGAUAUCACUGGACGACGGCUUGCUCUUCAACAAACGGUUCACGAUAUGACGAUACCACGCUUUCUUGCGAUGCUUGCUGUUGACACUUUCGUCAUCAGAGAACGCAGCUGAGUUCAUGGCUCUCUCCAACGCUUUUUUACGGUUUUGAUGCUCAAGAACAACGUCAAACGCAGUAAAACACACCAGAUAGUAAUCUCUGAACAAUUCCACCUUCUCUCUCGUUUCGCCCAUGAAAAUAUCCUCAGUAGUCAACGGGUGGAUGCUGAACGCCUUGGACAGAACUUUCAUCUCCUCUUCCGUUGGGUUCAGGACGUCAAGCCAGAAAGGCGGCACGUCUGCAGCCGACGAGCUGUCCGCGGCCACUGAGGGCGUGGGAGUGCUUGUUCCUGUGACCCUGGGCUUAAGACUGUUCUGCGACGAUUGAACAGAGGCUAUGUUUGGAUGCGGCACAUUGGACUGUGAACUAUGUUCUUGGGUCGAUGGGGAAAACAACUCUGAAAGGCUGUAUUUUUGCACCAGCCCCGAAAUAUUGGAGGCAUGAAUAGUGUUCUCGAGGUCUUCCCUGAAAUACGUGAACCGCAAACUUUUCGGCUGCCGCAGCUCUGGGAAUUCGUUCAGAACUUUCCGGUUGUUGCUCCAAGGAACAACUCGCCGCGGCCGAAGACGACCAUUGAGAGCUUCCUGCUCGUUUUCGUUCUGCACCAGCAACGGCUCAGAUUCACUCGGCUCAAUGUUGGAAACCAGCGGAUACUCGAAAUUGAUCCUUUCCUCCCCUUGCACCGGCGAGGACUGCCUGGAGAGCGACGCGGAAGCCUCGCUGAUUUUUUUAAACUCCUGCAAUUCCUCGUCCACAAAUUCCUGUAGCACAGAGAUGUCUGGCCACAUCUUGCGUUUUCCGGCCUCGUCAAAACUUUCGACGGGAACACAAACGUCGUCCAGAGAGGACGCGUUGGAGGAGCGUCUGGAAGACGGGUUUGACGAGCCGUAAACGGAGUUAGAGCUCUCGUCAUCGUUAUUCGAAUUGUAAGGUUCAUGUUCGGCCAGAUCAUGCAGUAAGCCUUUCGCGGGCCGGUCUCUCAACGUGGACUCAAACGGAUUUUCUGUCUUGUACUGCAGUCCCUCGGAAAUGGACUUGUUUUGCUUGAGGGCAUUGUUGUAACUCUUGAACCUCCUGAAUUUGGACUCGCCUAUCUCGUCUACAGAGCCGUAUCUGUCUUUUGAGCUGGGCGAAAUCGGGCGUCCAGUAGCCGUCCCUAUGCUUAGUCGGUUUUUAGGUCUAUCUGAAACCACCAUUGGAGCACUUAGACUGAAGCCCCUUUUGCGCUGGCGCUGCGACUUUGACAAGUCGGUGGCCAACGAGUGCCGUCUGUGGUCGAUCAGGGGCUCAAGGCCGGCCGAGGAGUCGGAAGACACGUCGUUGUGCAUCACUCCAAACGCGUCCGUCUCGUGCUCUGAAACUUUGCUGGAACGCCGAGGUGUGAUUUCAC